GCACACCCACGCGCGCGCGCACAGUCCCGUCUCGAUUCGAUUUCGGCCCCCCCACUUUUCUUUUCGCAUGCCUCACCUUCCGCCCUGCCUUGCCCUGCCCUGCCCUGUGUCGGGGUGCUUGCUUCUUUGUUUCCGUUUGUUUUGCCUAUCGCCGUGCUCGUCUUCCCGCCGCCUUGUAGGAAUACGUUAUUUGUACUAUCUAUACAUACCACCCAGCCUCGGCAGCGUCUCUUUCUUCUCUCAUAUAUCUCUCUCUAUCAGCUCUCUCGCCGCCGCGCAUAGCUCCUCAUCUAUAGAAGGCCUCGAGCGCGUCCCAGCUUAGCAGUCCCGUCGUAUAUCUGGAUGGUGAUAUCGGUUUUUUUUCGACAAUAAACAAUCCGUCUGUCGAACGAACGUAGUGCACACCGAUCGAGC